AUGACGGAUCACUAUUUCUAUUUAAUGAGAGUCGUUCCUAUUAGUGAGCACCAAGUGUCGAUGCAGUACGAGGUGUAUCGCAACACCAACAGUAGCGAUGAUGAUUUCGAAGAAAUGGACGCAUUCUUCAAGCAAGUGGAGAAGGAGGACAAGUACCUUUGCACGAACGCCCAGAAGAACAUCAAUGCUGGGGCCUACGUGUCUGGGCCUUUGCAUCCUCACAACGAGAAGGGCGUGUUGCAUUUCAAGUCUCUGGUGAAGAGUCUGCUCACCCAGCACCGAGAGAAGGAGAGACUUUCAGGUCACGACAUCACCCCUGGGAAGCGGUCACCAGAUGACACUGACGUCGCUGAAGAGGAAUUAUUCUGCAAGGAAGUCUGUACCACAUCUGGCAAAGACUGUGACUGGUAA